AACCUGCUGACCUGGACAGCUUGAAUCAUCUUGGCCACCUCCACCUUUGUUUUCCCUUUCACCGUUUUCCCGUUCACUCCGGUGAUUUCAUCGCCCGCUGCCAACGUCCCAUCCAGAGCGGCAGGAGUGUUGUCAAACACCUGGGAGACAAAAACCAACCGCUUUAAAAGGAAGCGAGACACAUUGUGCAUAAAGAUCGUUUCUUGGCUUUUCAUAACUCUUAGUAGGAUCCAAAAUGAAGAUGCAACUGGAACUGAAGAAUGUGACCUUAAGACCUGGAGACAAAUUAAAGCUAAAGGGGGAAAUUCUGCACGACGCUGAGAAGUUCCGGAUUGACCUCGGUGUGAGCUCAGAAGACCUGGCGUUGCACUUUAACCCCCGUUUCCAGGAUGAUGCAGAUGGAGCGGUCCUAGUGUACAACUCAAAGACUGCAGGUUCCUGGGGAAGUGAAGGGAGGGAAAUGCACAACCCUCUGCAGAGGGGCAAUGAUGUGAAGAUUUUUUUGAAGCUUUCUGGUGAAGGGUUCGAGGUGGAGCUCCCUGACGGGCAGAAACUCAAAUUUCCUAACCGUACAAACAUGGACGUCAUCACCUACGUCCAAGUGGCCGGGGAUUUCAAACUCAAGAGCUUCAAGAUCUACAAAUCUGUGAAGACUUAAAUAACCAAGAUUAAAAAAACCAGUGAAA